AUGGAUCCAUCGUAUGUGGAGCACAGAGACUCACGUCAGUUCAGGUCCCGAACAGACAGUCACCUGUCAUCAACUACAACUCAAUUUCAAGGUCUUCUUAUUGAGACUGACCCCGCCACUUCUUCAAACCACCAAGUUGGUAUAUCUUCAUCAGACUCAGCAACAGCAGCCUCAGCUACAACAGCUACCACACUCAUUACUUCACCGAUACCCACAUUCCUUCAACAAAAAUCUGAAUCUUCAACUGCCUCUGGUCUAUCGUCACCAGCGCCUCAGCAAUACACAACAUUUCCGAUCCUCAAUAAGAGUGAACUUGACACAGACUGGUCCUGUAUCUCGAAUUCAGAAGCUCAAUCAGGCAACUCACUUGAACUACGCAUUCAUCCAGGGCAAACGUUUCCUGGUAUUGAACAUCUUGAAUACAAACUUCCCGUUCAUUCAAAUUCAUUUCCAGCAACCAUGUCUACUCUUGGUAUUCAGCACUAUGACCCACGGUUCGAUGCCGGUGCACGACCAUCAUACACUUGGCCUCAAUUCGAGAUGAACGAACAAUUCAUCCAACAACAUGAUUUGAGCCCACAUAUGAGCCCACAUAUGAGUCCUGGACAACUAUCACCAUAUAACGAGCUUAAGCCAACACCAAUGUACGCACGAGCCAUUUCAGACAGUCCACCACGAGCAAGUCUCACGGCUGAACAGAGGGAACUGAAGCGUCAGCGCGACCAUGCAAGGAGAGAAACGAAGACGAGACAAAGAAGGGAGAGAUCUUUGAGCAACCCAUACGCAUCAAACAGAACAACACCAGACAUGUUACCACGAACUCUCCCAGAUCACUAUUCGAACUCCAAUUCGCUUGCUCCAACUCCACUCUUAUCACAAGGUCCUUCUAAUCAUGGCCUCCCUAGUCCAUCUUACCUCGCACCAUAUUCACCACAAGUAUCUGUGACUGAUACUACAUCCUCAGAUAUGUAUGGGCCAGUUUUCACAAUGGGUCCAAAUGAUUAUACACCAAUCUCAGCGUAUUCAGCACCAUACUCAAUGGGAGGCCCUGAAGGCACCCUUCCUUCGUACGCUCCUAGACCACACUCCCUUUCAUCAGCCUCCGACCAAUCUAGCCUUGGCAGUAUCUAUGUACCACACACACACUCGCUUUCUCCUUUGACUCCCCUCUCCUCGAUAUCUCAACCCUCACCCCUCGAACCUCGUGACCACGUUCGUGUCGUGCAAUCACGACCCAAGCCCCAGUGUUGGGACCACGGCUGCAAUGGCCGUCAAUUCAGUACCUUCUCCAACCUUUUACGUCACCAACGUGAAAAAUCAGGUGUAGCAAGCAAAUCUUCAUGCCCCAAUUGCGGCGCCGAGUUCACAAGAACUACUGCUAGAAAUGGCCAUAUGGCACAUGAGAAAUGUAAGCAGAGAAGAAAUUCUUAA